GAGCCUUAUCUACCGUUGCUUGAGCCUUAUCUACCGUUGCUUGAGCCUUAUCUACCGUUGCUUGAACCUCACCAGGAUGGCUAAAACCAGGAGAAGAGAGUGUUUCAGUAAGUGAUUUAUAUGAACAAUACAGCGCUGCCUGCCCGGGUAUCUUUGGCACUGUUGACAUCUGCGGGUGUGGUGGCACUGUAUUUAGUGAGGGUCAACUUUUCCGUCGCCAUCGUGGCUAUGGUCCGCACUGCCUCACCAAACACUAACUACACCACCACCACCGCCCCCCACACCGCCUUCUGCAGCACACUCAACCAGGUAAAUCGGUCGGUCUCGGGAGAGGAAGCGGUCGAUGUCAAGUUGGAGUCAUCAGGCAACUCUUCUCAAACAAACAACACAGCCCAAGACUUCAGUGACACGAUGGUGCUGACGGGGACAGAGAGAGGCCUGGUGCUCGGCGGGUUCUUCUACGGCUACUGCCUAACCUGCAUUCUAGGUGGGCGGCUCGGAGAGUUGUAUGGGACGAAGCGGGUGUUCGGUGGAGCCAUACUGAUUGGCGGCGUCCUUACCCUCUUCACCCCAUUGGCCGCCCGAUCUCACUACGUCGUCCUUAUGCUGCUCAGAACUGUCAUUGGUCUGUCUCAGGGUGUGGUGUAUCCGUCCAUGAACACUAUGGUCGCCAGGUGGAUCCCGCCUCUUGAACGAUCCAGGUUCAUGGCUUUCACUUAUAUGUCCAACACCCUGGGCACCAUUAUCACCAUGCCCCUGUGUGGGAUGAUCAUCGCGGAGGUGGGGUGGCCAGCCGUGUUCUACGUGACCGGGGGCGUCUCUCUGGUGUGGGUGGUGGUGUGGGCGCUGUUCAUGCACGACUCUCCCGACCAGCACCCUAAAAUCAGCCUUGAGGAGAGGAGCUACAUCCUGCACGCCAUCCAGGAGGGAACCACGCAUAACAAGCCCAGCAGGACCCCGUGGUGGAGUUUCCUCAGCAGUGCGCCACUCUGGGCCACACACGCCGCCCACACCGGCUCUAUGUUCGGCUUCAACCUACUACUCACUCAGCUCCCCAUCUACAUGAGCAGCGUCCUCGGCUUCUCCAUUAAGACAAACGGCUUCUUGUCCGCUCUACCCUUCCUGUCGAUGUUUGUAGGUGGGAACAUCGCCGGUCAGUUAAGUGAUUGGCUCGUCACCCACAAGUACCUCACUGUCUGUUGGUCUCGCAAAAUCUUCGCCACUAUUUCCUUGGUACUGCCGGGGGCGGUGUUAGUGAUAGUGGGUUAUGUAGGCUGUAACACCACCCUGGCAGUGACACUCUUCACCAUUGGCACUGCCUUCAGUGGGGCCAUCUGCUCCGGCCAUCGCGUUAACCACCUAGAUCUCGCGCCAAAUUUUGCAGGAACAACUUCAGGCAUGAGUAACGCUUUGGCCUUCGGGAUAGUGACGAUUGUGCCAGUGGUUGUAGGUGCCAUGACCUCAAACCAGAGCCUCGAGGAGUGGCAGUCGGUGUUCUGGCUAACAGGUGUCGUGUACGUCGUCACCUCCGCCGUGUUCGUUAUCUUCGGUUCAACAGACAUCCAGCCGUGGAACUUCCCGCAGGAGGACGAGACACAACAGCCAUCUGAGGAGGAGACGGAGUUCCUUUAACCCUUUCAGGACAAUUACUCAAACACAAGACAACAAUACAUAUUUGCUCCAAACAAGGCUAACAAAGUACUCGGGUUCAUACAAAGGAGUGUAAGUAAACAAAAAAUAAAUGCAGUUAUUUAAU